AUGGAUUUGAUUCAGGACUUCGAAUUUUUUCAUGGAUAUAUUGAUCAGUAAGUUAUCAGAAUUGGCUGAAAAAUCAGAGAUUAUUUUCAAGGACAAUGAUAAAACUACCAAAAAACCAUGAAAAAAAUAUUGUUUCAGAAAAGAAAGUAGAGGAAUAUUACCAGAAGCUGGCGACUAUUUACUCCGAUAUUAUUUCAAAAACAGUAACAAUUCGGAUAAGAGAGAUUAUGUUUGUGUUUUGAGUGUAGCUGAAAGACCUUCAAUAAUUGGUGACAGUGGAAAACGAAUUCGAUCAAUUGGAAUAAGUUCAGUAAAUGGAGCAUUUACACUUUCAGGACAUUCGGAGCCUUUUCCAACAAUUCGCGUAAUGAUUGAUUCAUUUGUUGCAACUAAAAAACCAGUCAUCGACCAAGUUAUAUUGAUUCGUCCAGUUCCACGACAAGCAUGGGCACUUUUAAAAAAUGAUAUUGAUAUUCCACAACCAGAAACAAUAUUAGGUAAAGGUUCAUUUGGAACAGUAUUAAAAGGAAAAUUGAAAAAAGUGGAUUUGGAUGUGGCAAUUAAACGAUUAAAUGAGCAAGCAACGGAAGGAAUAUUCACAGAAGCAUUACAAGAAGCAAGAACAAUGAGAGCAUUUGAACAUAAUAAUGUUAUAAGAGUGUAUGGAGUUGUUAUUGAAUCGUUGCCACUUAUGCUUGUAAUGGAAUUGAUUGAUGGCAAUUCAUUGUCAAAAGUAUUACGUGGUCGAACACUUCCAAAUGGAUAUAGAAUGUCAAUUGUGGCUGGAUUAAUGUAUGGUUUGGCAUUUAUUCACGAUAGAGGUUAUAUCCAUCGAGAUAUUGCGGCUAGGAAUGUUUUGAUUUCAAUGGAUUGGCAGCAAAUUAAAUUGAUUGAUUUUGGUUUGAGCAGGCUUGGACCAACUUACUCUGUUAGUGCUUUUUUUCUGAUCUUGACUGGUCACUGAUCAAUAUAAGUUGCAGAACAUGAUUAAACUCAGAAAACAAUCAAGAAUGAUACCAAAUGAAUUUCUUUCAGAUCCAAUCAUAUCAAAAAAUUCCAACCAAAUGGCUGUCUCCGGAAGUUUGUCGCGAAGGAUUGUUCUCAAUCAAAUCCGAUGUUUGGGCAUUUGCAGUCACAUGUUGGGAAAUUUACAAUGAUGGAGCUGAACCAUAUCCGAAUUUGAAAAAUGCCGAAGUUCGAGCUGUUUUGUUGGAACAUGAUAAAUUUGAUGAAGUUCGUUUGAAUUUGAGAACUUGUAGCGGAGAAGAAAAACCACCACAAGGAUGUGAGUUUCAAAAACUUGCCAAACAAAAAAUCAUAUUUAUAUUGAAAGAGUUUUGCAGUUCAUGAAUGUAUCCGCCUUCUGUUUGAAUACAACCACAAAAAACGAAUCGAUUCAGUCAAAAUGGUUCCAGUUUUUGAGCAAACAGUUUUCAAUAAGUUGGUUGGAAUGGAAGCAGAUAUGGUGAAGGCUCAAACACAGCGAGGACAAUUCCAACCAAAAACACCACCACCAGCUGCGCAUCCGAAUCGUAUGGCUAAUCCACGAUGUAUCACACCAACAAGAGAAGCAGCAAGAUGUGUGACUCCGACAAGAGAAGCGGCCAGAUGUAUUACACCAACACGUGGUGGAAGAACAAAAAGAAGUUCAUCGGCGAAACCGACUGGAGAGAAAGUCAAAACAACAAGACGCAAGAAAGGAUGA